UGAUGAUCAAUUAUCAGAAGCCAAGUAUUCUUAAAUCAGACCAAUUAACCCGAUUAGAGGAGAAGAUUUGACCUAACAGGGAGAGAAAUCUUCAAAAUCAAAUUCGAAAAUGAGUUUCUUGUUCGGUAAAAAGAAGACACCUGCAGAACUGUUUCGAGAGAAUAAGAGGAUGCUUGAUAAAUCUAUUCGAGAAAUAGAAAGAGAGAGGCAAGGCUUACAAACUCAAGAAAAGAAAUUAAUAGCCGAGAUUAAGAAAAAUGCAAAGCAAGGACAGAUGGGAGCUGUAAAAGUGAUGGCAAAAGACCUUAUUCGAACUAGGCAUCAGAUAGAGAAAUUCUAUAAGUUAAAAUCUCAGCUCCAAGGUGUUUCUCUUAGGAUUCAGACGUUGAAAUCUACGCAAGCCAUGGGGGAAGCUAUGAGAGGGGUGACAAAAGCGAUGUGCCAAAUGAACAGGCAAAUGAAUUUGCCACAACUACAGAGAAUAAUGCAGGAAUUCGAGAUGCAAAAUGAGAAAAUGGAACUGACUUCUGAGGUAAUGGGGGAUGCCAUUGACGAUGCACUGGAAGGAGACGAGGAAGAAGAAGAAACGGAGGAGCUAGUCAGUCAAGUCCUAGAUGAGAUUGGAAUUGAUAUAAAUUCAGAGCUCAUGAACGCACCUGCUACUGCUGUAUCCGCCCCAGUUGCGAAUAAUAAAGUUGCGCAACCUGAAGCGACAGACGACGGGGGUGGUAUAGACAGUGAUUUACAGGCAAGGUUAGACAAUUUGAGGAGAAUGUAAUUAAGUAAACUCGUACGGUCCAUUUAAAAGGAAACAAGAUUGUAUUAAUAAAUAUUACAUAGGGUUGGUUAACAUAAAGAUUAAUGUGUUGUGUAUCUAUCUCUCUAUCUGUCUCACAUUGUUUAUUGAAUACAAGUUUCUUAUGAUGGGCCAAAUCUUGUAACAUUGUUCCCCAACUCAAAAACAUUGCUUCUAUAUUGUAUUAUGCCUCCAUGGUUAUGUUCCUA